UUUUAAACCACUGCAUCUUUGGGGUUUCGGGUGCAUUUUAUUUCGCCAUCUUCACCAUAUGGUAAUCUAAAUUAAUUUAGGAACAACUUCUAUUUUAUGUUCUUUUCACUCAAAUGCUUUAAAAAUGGUUCUUCAGCACAGACAGAUAAUUAAAACAAUUUCUUCACUACAUAUUGGCCAAUCUUCUAGUAAUGUUUUUAGAAAACAGAAACAGCCUUUUGUCCCAGCAACUACCAAGCAUGUAUCCAGAAGUUACCAUUCUAAGCAAGGUGUAUAUGGGUACAAACCUUUUCCAAAAGAAGAGCCUUUUAAAGUGUCACAGCAAGCUGUUGAUAAUAGAAUCAAACAGAGUAAUUUGUAUCGAAUGAUAACUGCAUACAGAGAGCAUGGACACAAGGUUGCUCUAACUGACCCACUUGCAACUGUUCAAUCUGAUCCCAUGCCAGAGCUGGAUCCCUCCAGAUAUGGGCUAUCAAGCAGUGAUGAUAGUAUAAUACAGUUAGAUGGAUUGGUUGGUUUGGAGAAGUCAAAAGGCUCAGUACAGGAAGUUAUAGAAUUCCUCAAGAAAGCUUACUGUGGGCCAAUAUCAGUUGAAUUUCAGCACAUGUCAACUGAAGAAGAAAAAGAAUGGUUUGCACAGAAGUUUGAAAAUAUGCAGCAGAUGUGGUAUUUAACACCUGAUAAGAAGAGAACUUUAGGAAAAGAGCUUUUGAAAUCUCAAAUGAACUAUUCAAAGUGUGGAAUUUCUGACAUAGUUAUUGGAAUGCCUCAUAGGGGACGCUUGAAUUUAUUGACAGGUCUUCUCAACUUUCCUGCUGUUGCUAUGUUUCAGAAGAUAAGAGGCAUGCCAGAAUUUCCAGAGACUGUUUCUGGUGUUGGUGAUGUUUUAUCUCAUUCAUUAAGUACUUCAUCACCACAGGCUGUAAGUCCAGUAACAGUUGGAAAAGCUCGAGGUAAGCAGCAAUCUCUUAAAGUUGGAGACUACUCACCUGGAACAGAGGCUCAUCCUGGCUCUAGUGUCUUACCAGUUCAAGUUCAUGGUGAUGCUUCAUUUUCUGGUCAGGGUAUUAUUAUGGAAACUCUUGCCCUAGCAAAUGUGCCACAUUUCCACGUGUGCGGAUCUAUACACCUGAUUGUUAAUAAUCAACUUGGUUUCACAACACCAUCUGAUAGAGGACGGUCUUCUUUACAUUGUAGUGAUGUAGUGAAAAUAAUUGCAGCACCAGUGAUUCAUGUGAACGGAGACCAUCCAGAGGAAAUAGUUAAAGCUACACAACUAGCACUAGCUUACAGACAGGAAUUCUGUAAAGAUAUUAUAAUUGAUUUGGUAUGCUUUCGACGUUGGGGUCAUAAUGAAUUAGAUGACCCAACCUUCACUAACCCUGCCAUGUAUCAGGUGAUUCAUUCUCGACAUAGUGUUCCAGAUGGAUAUGCUCAAAGAUUGGUGGAUGAAGGUGUUUGGACUAGAGAAGAUGUGAAGCAGAUUCUAGAUGAACAUUCUUCUUCACUAAAUGAAAAUCUCAAGCAGGUGGACUCUUACAAACCCAUAGCUAAACACUUAAAAAGACAAUGGACUGGUUUAGUCCAACCUUCCUCAUCAGUAACUUCUUGGGACACUGGAGUUCCUGUGGACUUGCUAAAGUUUGUUGGUGCCAAGUCAGUUCAAGUGCCUGAUGAUUUUAACCUUCACCCGACCCUUCAAAAAUCUUUUGUAUUGGAUCGACUUCAAAAAGUGGAAGAAGGAACUAAUUUAAACUGGGCUACAGCAGAGGCUUUGGCUAUUGGUUCUCUCCUUUACCAAGGUUUUAAUGUACGCAUCAGUGGGCAGGAUGUAGGACGGGGCACUUUCAGCCAGCGACAUGGCAUGUUGAUUGACCAGAAAACAAAUGAGAUGUAUGUUCCUUUGAACCAUAUGGUAACUGAUCAGCAAGGUUUCUAUGAGGUGUGCAAUAGUAUUCUAUCAGAAGAAGCUGUCCUAGGCUUUGAGUAUGGUAUGAGUAUAGAGAGUCCCAAUAACCUGAUCUUGUGGGAAGCACAGUUUGGAGACUUCUUCAAUGGAGCUCAGAUCAUAUUUGACACUUUCAUCUCAUCUGGUGAAAAUAGGUUACUAGAUAGAAGGGUAGAGACAACUAGAAUAAACUUCUGCCAUUUGGAAUGUUUCUUACAGAAUAGGUUACUAGAUAGAGAGGUAGAGACAACUAGUUUAUUCUUCUGCCAUUUGGAAUGUUUCUUACAGAUGAGUGACAGCAACGAAUCUGGCAUCACUGAUGGAGACAACAUUAACUGGCAAGUUGUCAAUCCCACUACACCAGCUCAAUACUUCCAUUUACUUCGAAGACAAGUUAUCCGAAACUUCCGUAAACCUUUGAUUAUUGCUUCUCCCAAAAUCCUACUUCGUCAUCCAGCAGCAGUUUCAUCACUGUCAGAAAUGACUCCUGGAAAAACAUUUCUUCCUGUGCUGGGUGAUUUCAGUGUACAACCUUCAGAUGUCCAUUGUAUCAUAUUUUGUUCUGGAAAACACUUCUAUGCACUUCAGAAACAUCGAGAAUCUCUAUCAAAGAAAGACAUAGCUAUAAUUAGAAUUGAAUCAUUAUGUCCUUUUCCAACCAAUGAAAUAUCAGCACAAUUACAGAAGUAUCCAAAUGCCAAAAACUUUAUUUGGAGUCAAGAGGAACAUCAAAAUAUGGGUGCUUGGUCUUUCAUACAACCACGAUUCCGUAAUAUGCUUGGAUAUGAUUUAAAGUAUGUAGGAAGAGGACCAUUAGGAACUCCAGCUGUUGGAAUAGGUAGAAUUCAUCAACAAGAAGCUAAAGAUAUUGUGGAAAAACCAUUUGAAAACUAGUGGGUUUUACAUUGCUUUAAAAGAACUUCAUAUCUACUGGGCACCAUUUGGAAAUUUUUCUUACUAUAUUUCCAAAUUCCUUACGAUAUAGAAAACGAAGCUCAUAGUAUUCCAUAUAUAAAAAGCUGCUGUUUAUUAUUUGUUGUUUUUUGUACUUGUUGCACUAGUAAUGGAUGAGAUUAAGGAGGUAAAUUGUUUUGUUAGUUCCUGUGUCAAAAUAGAUUUGUUAAGUAAUCGCAAACACUCACAUUUUUACACUUGUGGAGGAAAUUUUUCCAGAGUUAACCAUAUACAAAAAUAAAGUUACUAUGAUCCACUUUUUGAUUAGUGUUAAAUAUUAUAAUACUAAAGAAGCAUGCAUAUAUAUAUAUAAACAUAGGAGUGUAAUUGAACAGUUUUUGAAUGUGUUGAAAAUGUUUACGGAUUUUUAAAUUUUGUAAAAAUGGGUUAAUUUACUGUUGUCUUAAAUCUGUUUUAUGUAUAGAAUCAUGUGUUUUAUAACACUUGUUUUUAUGUUGUUAAAUCACUGAAUAGUACUGAAAUGGUAUCAUAAAUAUUUACAAGUAAUUUUCUAUUAAUUGCAGAAAAAACAUUAUUUGGCUAUACCUAGAACAUUUUCUGAUUGUUAUGAAAAAUUCACAAAAUAAUCAAUUUCUUACUUGUGUUAAAUACUCAAUCAUACUCAUGAUACCAAAAAAAUGUUAAGAAACAGGAAAGUUAACACCUUUUAUAUCUGUGGAGUUGUGGGGUUGUUUUGUUUCUUUUUUUGUGUUGUUAAAAUCUUAGAAUUGUUUUACAUUGAAAUUUCAAUAUUUUGUGUAGCUAAUAUGGGGUUUAUUGUUAUUUAUCACUAAAAUUGGUUAAUUUUUGUAUGACAGUUUUAGAAUUUUUAUAGGCAGAAAAAUCACUUGUGAGUUUUUACAGCGUUUCUAGUUGUCUAAAGUGAGUGAUCAGUGUGAUUAUAACAAUUCAUUCUUUUGGAAUUGCAAUAACUUCAUAGAUGUAAAAAAAAAACACAUAGGCUCAUUAAGUCUUAAUAUAAAGGGAUUAUAGGGUUUUUACUGAUUUCAUAGAAACAUUUCCAUACAUGAGGAAAUUAGCAUUAAUAGUGAAAAUGAUAAGCCUGAAUUACAAAAAUAUAGAUUUUAUAAUAAGUACUAUACUUUUUUAUCAAAUAUUAUAUAUGUUGUACUCAUUCCUUAAGGAAAAGUUUAUGUUUAAAGAAUUUUUCUUUGAUGUGAUGAACAUCUUUUCUAGCACAAGGUAGAGGCUAGGUGUGGCAUAGUGGUUAUCAUGAUGGGAUAUAGGUUGAAAUGGCCAACAUUAAAGUUACAAUAUUUCAUUGAACAUGCUCAACACUUUCAGGCCUUAUGAAAGUGAAUUUAAUCCCAUGAUUCUAUUAAAAGUAGCCAAAUAGGCAACAGAUACUGCUGACAGUUUGUCUUUCUUCUAUCAACAGUCCUAAAUUAAAGAUAGCUAUUCUUAGCAAUAGCAGCUAAAUUAAAGAUGGCUAUGCUUAACAAUAGCAACUAAAUUAAAGAUGGCUAUGCUUAACAAUAGCAACUAAAUUAAAGAUGGCUAUGCUUAACAAUAGCAACUAAAUUA